CCGUAGACUGCCUUAAGAAAAACAGCCCGAGUCUGCCGACCUUUUCAGUGUAGUGUAUUUCUCCCUGAAAGUGUUGAUCACCUGGAGCAGUUGCGCGGCGCUGAGCAAGCGUGUGUUUGUUUGUGUCUGUGGAGAGGAGUCCGCAGGCGCUUCGCCCUUUACUCAUUGACCAAAUCAUUAGUAUUUUUGAAAAAGAGUUUGUUCGCCUGCCGGAGCAUGGGCGUUCCUUUCUCUCUCUGUUUGCUGGCUGGCCUGUCACAGAAAUGCCGCUGAAGGAACCGUAGCGUCUGACUUCUAUUUCGCAAUUGAGUUGGGCCAGGAGAGGCGCUUUGAGUUUUCAGUGACUUGGCGUGGCUUGGAGCUGAUCUCCCAGCUCUCCGUGUCUUUCUGUAUCUCUCUCCCACCCUGUAUCCCUUUGUAGAUCUGCUGUAUUAUACUGACAGCCAAUCUUCCUCUCCCUUUGUGAAUACAUUAAUAGAGGUGUCUCAGGCGGUGGACUGUGAGACUGUGGGGAAGGAGUGUGGACAAGUCUGGCUGGUCUUAUUUCUCCCUUUAGCGGUGCUAAGUACCCAGUCUUGCAUCAUUUAUAAUUAGAUAAGCAUGUGAACGCUUCUUUUUCCUGCCUCGAACUAGUUUCAGAUCUUUGUGGAUUUGACAUUUUUAAUUGUUUUAAGAAUAUUUCCUAGACAGUUUUUAUUUCUGUCUCCCAGCUGGCUGCUUCUCCUAUCUGCUCAGCAGUGAGGAGUCUCCCUCUGUGUGUGUGUGUGUGUGUGUGUUAGGGAAGGAAGGGGGGGGGGGUUGUCUGUGCAAAGCUUUUAUUGGCUCGGGAUUUUUUUAGGAAAUGGCAACGCCAGACAUUGCAACAGGAACCGUGUAUCCGCAAGCGGCGAGAGGAAGCUAAAGGAUGAGGUUGCAGAUCGCCCAGAUUCUCCCAAAGUAACCAAUUCAACUCAAGUGCGCCCUUCGUUGUUGUUAUCGCUUCUCGGCUUUCCUCCCUCUCUCUCUCUCUCUCCCUGUCGCUGUGUGUGCGCGCUGUUUUCGUUCGCAAUCUCCAGUUGCCAAAUGGGGAAGCAUCAACUCUCCCUCUACCUACUGGCCGUGGCCAUCGGUGUGUCCGGGGCGGUCCGAAACGAUCGGUGUGGGGAAACUAUACAGAUCACCAGUCCUGACUACCUGAACUCUCCUGGAUAUCCCAAUUCCUACUACCCCCGGGAAAGCUGUGCCUGGGUGAUCCGAGCACCCGAAGUUUCCCAACGGAUAAUGAUCAAUUUCAACCCUCACUUUGAUCUGGAGGACCGGGACUGCAAAUAUGACUAUGUGGAGGUACGAGAUGGGGGAGAUGAGAAAGCACCAUCCCUGGGAAAAUUCUGUGGGAAGAUUGCCCCUUCUCCACAAAUCUCCACAGGACCACUGCUAUAUGUAAAGUUUGUGUCCGACUAUGAAACACAUGGAGCUGGCUUCUCCAUCCGUUAUGAAAUUUUCAAAACAGGACCAGAAUGUUCCAAAAAUUUCACUGCACAAAGUGCGGAGAUAAAAUCACCUGGAUUCCCUGAUAAAUAUCCAAAUAAUUUGGAAUGCACCUACAUGAUCUUCGCACCAGCGAUGGCAGAGAUCCACCUGGAUUUUUCAAGUUUUGACCUGGAACCCGAUGAUAACGCUCGGGAUGGAAUGCUAUGUCGCUUUGACAGGCUGGAAGCCUGGGAUGGUUUUCCAGGAGUUGGCCUUCACAUAGGACGUUUCUGUGGACCUUAUAUUCCUGAUCGUAUUCGGUCACGCACUGGAAUUCUGUCUUUAACGCUGCACACAGAUACUGCAAUCGCCAGGGAUGGUUUUUCUGCAAACUAUUCCAUUGUCCAGAGGAAUUUAUCUGAAAAUGUUUACUGUAAUGAAUCACUUGGCAUGGAAUCGGGCAAGAUUCACGCAGAUCAAAUUUUGAGUUCCAGCAAUUAUAAUUUCAACUGGUCCCCAGAUAGAUCAAGACUAAAUUACCCUGAAAAUGCAUGGACACCGUCUUCUGACUCCAGCAAGGAAUGGAUACAGGUGGACCUGGGUUUCUUGCAGCACGUUUCUGCCAUAGCAACGCAAGGUGCUGUCUCCAGAGAAACUCAGCGGGAGUACUUCAUCAAAACGUACAAAGUGGAUGUGAGCUCCAAUGGUGAAGACUGGAUAACUGUGAAAGAAAGGGGUAAACAAAAGAUAUUUCAAGGUAACACCAAUCCCAAAGACAUUGCUUUAAGGCAGUUUCCUCAGACAAUCUUGACGCGAUACGUUCGCAUAAGGCCACAGACAUGGCAGGGUGGUGUUGCACUUCGGUUUGAACUAUAUGGAUGCAAAAUUACAGAUUACCCCUGCUCUGGAAUGCUAGGAAUGAUCUCAGGACUGAUCUCUGAUAACCAGAUCACUGCCUCAUCCUCCAUGGACCGAUACUGGGGACCUGAACACGCGCGGCUCCUCACCAGCCGAGCUGGCUGGGCAUUAAAACAGAGCCUUCCAUCUUACAAUAACGAAUGGAUCGAGAUAGACCUGGGAAUGGAGAAAGAGGUGCGCAGCUUGAUCAUUCAGGGUGUCAAGCUGAGGGAUAAUAAGGUGUUCAUGCGGAAGUUCAAGCUCGGCUACAGCACAAAUGGAUCAGACUGGAAGUUGGUAACAAAUCCUGGCAGCUCCAAACCAAAGACAUUUGAAGGAAAUACCAACUAUGAUACGCCAGAAAUUCGGAAAUUUGAACCAUUGUUAACAAGAUACAUUCGUAUCUACCCUGAGCGAGCAUCGGCAGCUGGUCUGGGACUACGUAUGGAGCUGCUGGGCUGUGAUAUUGAAGUCCCAACCUCCCCACCAACGUUGGAUUCAGAUGAGUGUGACGAAGAAUUUGGGAACUGCCACAGUGGAACAGGUGAUGGCUUCGACUUUACAGGUGGCAACACAGCCCUAGGAACAGAAGAACCGACGUUACCUGAAAUACCCGGGUACCCAGCAGUCUUCUCCCCCUUUGAUGAGGUGCCCGGAUUCAACUGCAAGUUUGGGAGCAUAGCCCUGAAGAGUUUCUGUGAUUGGCACCUCGAUAAAUCUGCAGACUUUCUAUGGAAAGUACAUUCAGGGAAAGGAGAAUCCACUAAUACAGCACCCACAGGGAAUUAUACAAUGGGGAAAGACCACUUUAUUUAUACUGAAACAAUUGGACAGAAAGAAGGACAAGUUGCCCGACUCUGGAGCCCUCAAUUAUUACCCAUCCAUUCAGGACGUUGUUUGGUCUUUUGGUACCAAAUCCAUGGAAUGCAUGGCAGCAGUUUAAAUGUGAUCCAGAGAAAACUAUCAGUUGAUGUCAAGCCUGAGGUCCUUUGGACCAUGAGAGGAUCACAGGGAAACCAUUGGCAAGAAGGUCGGGUGCUCCUUCCUCGAUCGCUAGACAACUCUCAGGUGGGCCUGGAAGUAAUGGUUGGAAGAGGAAUCCAGGGAGGUGUGGCAGUGCAUGAUGUGGAGAUAAUGAGCAGCCGGAAUGCGAUCGAUUGCAUGGCUCCCAGGGAUGUCUUUCCAGGUUCGGAUGGUUCUGUAGCAAUCUUUCCCACUGCUGUGAACCCUGAGGAUCCCACUGACAAAACCUUUUUUGAGAAUUCUGGAAAUGUACUGAAGACUCUUGACCCUAUCCUUAUUACAAUCAUAGCUAUGAGUGCACUGGGUGUGAUUCUGGGAGCUAUCUGCGGAGUUGUCCUAUACUGUGCCUGUUGGCACAGUGCUCUGGCUGAAAGGAAUCUAUCUGCUCUCGAGAGCUACAAUUUCGAACUGGUGGAUGGAGUGAAACUGAAAAAGGAUAAGCUAAACUCACAGAACUCAUACUCAGAGGCGUGAAAAAGAAGCACUCGAGGGCUUUAAAGUGGCUGCGGAAGAAUGUCUGAAACUGUGGAAUUCUUUGAGUUUUUAUUUGUACAAUUGUUUGUCUUAGGAAAGACAAGAAGAGCUCUGGAUAAUGCUGGUCUGUGACUGAGCCAAGCUUUUCUCAGGAGCAACUGAUAAAGCAAUCAAACGGGAUGCUAUGUAAAAAAAAAUGAAUUAUGUACAGUCGGCUUUUUAAUUUUUAAAUUAAAGUUUUAAAUAAACAAAUGCUGGUGUUGAGACCAAGUGAGAUCAUUUUACAAGUAUUUAUCGUUUUCUGUAAAGAGUUAUAAAUUUGUAUCAUUCUAUUUGUAUAAUGACUUAGCUUCAUAAAAUAUGUUUCCAAAGGGCUUUAAAAACCUAUGUUUUUGUAUAUUAGUCCAGAUUUUAUACUUUGAGUAUACAGUAUAUUGAUUUUUCCCACCCUCUUCCUACUUUGAGAAAAAUUAGCAUAAAGCCUCAUUGGACACUGAGGGGGCCGUGACCUUUAUAACAAGAGUAAAUGAUAUGAUUUGGUGACAUGCUACACAGGGCAACUGUCUGUGUGCUGAUAACAUUGUGAUUGGCUUCGGGCCAGUGGCCUGGAUUUACAAUUGCUUGCACUGAAAUACAUGCCACAAGGUUGAUUUUUUUUUCCUUCUCGGUUAGGAGAGUGUGCUAAAAGAACGGUGUUAGAGACAGAUUGAUUCGACAUUGUUUCUGUUUAUGCAAUAUUAGUUUAAACAAAAAAAAGAAAAAAGGUUUUGUUAUUGAAAAGUUAUUAAAGAUAUCUAUAAUUAUACGGUUGACAUGUUUCUUGUAUGGUAUUGUUUCACGUUUUGUAUCGCUGUGAAAGUUUCUCUUCUGGAUUGUUUUUCCUAUAAAAAAACACAUUUUAUUGGCAUUAUUGCUUGAGUAAAUCGUUGCUUUGAAACUGAAGAGAAGAAAAAGCCUUAACUGAAAAUGUUUGUAUUCUUGACACACAGAAAGCCUAGACAAUUCACACUGUUGUGUUGUAUCUUGUACUUAAAUCUAUGACUACUGCCUUCCAAAGAUUCAAUUAAAUUUAAUCUUUUCCUACAGUACUCUAUUUGUGGUUUGUUGUAGUGGGACCUCAGAGCCCAGUCGACUCGUGAGCUGCAGUGUCCUCUAAUUUCUAUAAAUUGACCAUUAAGACCAUGCUAAUCUCCAUACUAGCUAUUCCUGGCAUUCAGCAGGGUCAGAGUUCAUGAUAUGUAACAGUAACACUGAGUCACUCCAAAACCGAUGAGCAGUGGGAAAUGUUGCUAUAUUAAUUGUCAGUAAACAAUGAGGCCAUUAAUAGUGCCACAAAUCAGUAUUUAAAUCUUUUCAAAUUUUAAAACAUGACUGGAUGCUAAAAGGAUCUGGAACAAACACUUUUUUUUCAACAAGUUAUUAUGGAACACUGCAGAUUCAAACUACUAAUUUGUCACUUUGUCUUGUGUGAUUGCAAACAGCAUUCUUGCAACAGGAAUCUAUACUGAAAUUCCUGCUGUAUUGCUGAGGAAGGUUUUUAACAUUAUAUGUCACUGUAUACUGUUAACUUAAUGGGUGAAAGGCAUGAUCCAAAGUAAGAUAUAGGGGGGAAAUAAAAAAAAUGAUAUGGAGAAAAUAAUGUAUUAUUUAUGACUGGAAACAGUAUUCAAAUAGCAUUCUGUUGGAUUUGUAAAACUGUUUAGUAAUGCAUAUGGAACAUGUUAAAACUUGCUGUCCAGGAUAUGCGGCCCACCAUUGAUGACUUUACUGACUGAUGAAUGUUGAGAGUGAUGAAUGUUUCCUCUCUGUCUCUCCCUCUCUUGCAGUUCAGUAAGUGAAAUCAACGAAAUACAAUUAGGAGACAGAGCUAACCUAGUCUCCAUAACGUAGUCAAAAGGGUCCCUGUGGGAAGGUGCUUCGUUGCCAUUUUAAUUGCCUAGAAAGGUGUAACUAAAAUGCAGCAUGAGGAGAACAGACUGUGAGGCUCAAAAGUAGCCCUUGGUAAAAAAAACCCUACCUGAAAUACAUGUGAAGAACAGAAAGGUAGCAAGGAGCAUUGAGUUAAUGAGAAAAUCCAUUAUGUGAGUGGACAGGGAAUGGCUCCAAGAAUUUCCAUUGAUAUUCCAAACAUUGAGUAUCAUUAACGUUUUGUUUGGAACAGCAAUCUCAAAAAAAUUGGACAAUAAAGUUUGGAAAUGGAAGGCACUUAUUGUCACCUGGAAUGACAAAUUGGAUUGAAAAUGUAAAACCAUUGCCCUUCGAAUAGUACUAGAUAUUCCAACAAGGACUUUUGAAAUAAUGUUCCAUAAUGUAAAAAAAGCAACAAUAAAAAUGCUGUCUUGUCACCGUAAGCCUUUCCUGCUCAAGUUUGGGCAAUAAUGUCUGGAGGUCUUAAAUGAAAAUAAUAGAGACCCCUGAGAAAGUUUGGAUUUAAGACAGUGAAACCACCUUAAAGAGAAGUUGAACGUCCUCUCUUUCUUUGUAAUUUUCAUAUUUGUUUGUAUUUUAUCAAAGGAAGAUCUGUGAUAUGUAUAUAUUUCUAUGCUGUGUAUUAAAGAGAAGGGUUUUCACAA